CUCGUUUUACGAGUUCUUUUUCGCCGGCGUUGUUCAUAGGAAAGCGUGUAUUUACCCUCUUUUUUACGGUCGUGCUCGCGGGAAAGAUUUUAUGAAACUGGGUAGCGUUUGGCUGGCCGCACAAAUCCAGGAUUAGGAUCCAUCUUUGGAGUGGGAUUUGAGCGAUGUCGACGAUACGAGUAUUGUCGGAGCAGGAUCAGGAAGAUCUUGCCGCGGAUUACAUGGACGAGUACUUGUUGAGUCUGGAGUACCUUCCACAAGAUAUGUGCCGCAAUCUGAUGGAAUUACGCAAAAAGGAAAUAGAAUACCAAGACCUCUCCGGCCGCGCCACAGCAACCCAAUCCACCCUCUUCCAGCACCAACGCUAUAAUCAAUACUCGACUCCCACCCCGCAAGAGCUCCAGUACAUUGAGCGGAUACGAAACUAUUUCAUCAAAGCAACCCGGGCAGCUGAGCAAAAGUGCGCUGUCGCCAACGAGAGCUUGAAAUUGCUUGAAGAUCACUUGAGAGAACUUGAUGAGGGUUUAUUGAAGAUUGGGAUUGAGGUCAACGAUGAGGAGAUUGAUGCCAUUUCCGUACCGGAAAAUAUCCCUCACACACCACCUCCCCACUCGCGAAUUCGGCCGUCACGAAAGGCCCUUCGCACCCCCCACCUCCGCACACCAACACCGACCCCGUCCUCAUCUUCCACCUCCUCUUCAGACUCUGAAUCCGACCCAAUCUAUUGUCUUUGUCGCCAAGGCUCCUAUGGCGACAUGGUCGGCUGUGAUAACGAGCAUUGUCCAUUCGAGUGGUUUCAUUAUGAAUGCGUUGGGUUGACCAAACCACCUGUAGGAAUGUGGUUUUGCCCAAGGUGCCGCGUGCGCUAGGGGAGUAACUGGUUGACUUUGGUCAGGUGCAUUAGGCAUUGUGGAUGCAAUAUGUGGUGUAUGCUAUUUUCUCUUUAAUAUAUAAUUUUGCUAUAAGGAUGUG